AUGGAGUCAGAUCUUCAUCAACAGCAACAACCACAGGUGAGUUCUUCAGGUUUAACACGGUACCGAUCAGCACCAAGUUCAUAUUUCAACAACAUCAUUGAUAAAGAAUUCUACGAGCAUGUUUUCAAUCGACCUUCAAGUCCAGAAACAGAGCGUGUUUUUUCAAGGUUUAUGAACAGUUUAGGUUCAGAAGAUGAUUUACUCACUCAGAGAAUAGUUGAAUCGACGGUAAAAGAAGAAGACGAAAUUGUUAAUGUUAACGUUAACGUUAACAUUAACCAACACCACCAACAACAAGAACAACAAGAACAAGUACGAGAACAAGAACAGAUUGUUCAUCAUCAUCAUCAUCAGAGUAAUAGUUAUGAACAGUCUCAUGGUUUUUAUCAAACCUCAGUGAUGCCACCUUUGCCAAACCAGAAUGUUGUUUCUGGUUUGGAUGGUGGGUUUUCAAUGGAAGUUAAUAGGUUACAGCAGAUGAAGAGUCAUGGUGGAAAUAAUUCUAAUCUUAUUAGACAUAGUAGUUCACCAGCUGGAUUAUUUUCUCAAAUCAACAUUGAAAAUGGGUAUGUUAGUAUGAGAGGAAUGGGAAAUUUAGGAGCUGUUAAUAGUUCUAUGAAAGAUGCAAAAUUUUCUAGUGGAAGGAGUUUGAAGAGUUCAGUAAACUAUUCAUCUGGGAUAAUGUCAACAAUAGCUGAAGUUGGGGACAAAUGCAAUGAAGAAAAUAAUCAAGAAAGUGAAGUUUUUGGUGAAACUCAUGGUAACCGUUAUAUAGCGGAUUAUCAGGUUGAUACUUGGGAUGAUACCGAAAUGAUGUCUGAAAAUGUUGGUGGUUUGAAAAGAUUUAGAGAUAGUGAUUCAAAACAACAAUUUUCUGCUGGUUUUAAUGCAGCUGCAGUUCAGAAUGAAACAGGAGGAGGACAUUCAUCUUCUCCAUUGGCUCAUCAGUUGAGUAUGCCAAAUACUUCAUCUGAAAUGGCAGCUAUUGAGAAGUUUCUGCAUUUUUCUGAUUCUGUACCGAUGAAAAUUCGCGCUAAACGAGGCUGUGCUACUCACCCAAGAAGCAUAGCUGAGAGGGUUAGAAGGACUAAAAUUAGCGAACGUAUGAGGAAGCUACAAGAUCUCGUCCCAAACAUGGAUAAGCAAACAAAUACAGCAGAUAUGUUAGACUUGGCUGUGGAUUACAUCAAAGACCUUCAAAAGCAAGCUCAGAAGCUUCAAGAUUGUCAAGCAAAGUGCACUUGCCCACACAAGAAGCAACAAUAA